AUGGCUGCAGACGCGGGUACAGCUGCCGAUCAGAACGGUGCGACAAGCUCGGGCAAAGAAAGUGCAACAUCAAACUCAUCGACCGUAGAGGAGGUCAAGAGUGAUUCUGUUAAGGAAGUCGCAGAACAAAACGACAAGUCCAAAGACAACUCCGGCGACGGCGAAACACCUGAGUCUUCAAAAGAUCAGAAAGCCAACCAAAAGGAUACAAAAGAAGAUGAAACCAAAGUGAAAAAAGAAGAGCCUGAAACGACAUCAACAGAGAAGUCUACCAAGGCUCCUGCACCAACCAAUAAUACUGUGCCGGAAAAGAAAACUGAGAAGCCAAAGCCAAAGCCCAUGCAGGCAUUCUCACGCGUUAUCCCAAAGCUACGCGAAUGCUUUUCUUGGGACGAGUUCAAGAACCAUCAAACAGAGGAGCACAACCACGCUAUCGAGACGCUUGUUGCCGGCGAUUCUCUCAAGGCGGAGAUCGAAGAAUCGGCCCUUCUUUAUGAAGGUCUUCAAGAUUAUCAGUAUAUGGGGGGCUGGGGAGGUGGAGGUGGACUUCGCAGAGGUUUUGGCCGGCGGAAUCCGCAGCACAAGACUGUCACCGAUGACGGAGACGAGGUUUGGCUGCAACGAGUCAGAAUUAACUCAAGGGCAGUCAUGAUGUAUCUUGGUCGCCAAAGCCCGGCUGGGAAAAAGUGGAAUGGCCGACCUCAUGUUUUCCGUCGACCAUUCCGUUAUCUCAUACACUUUCAUGAUGAGAUGAAACAAGCACUGGCUGAGCUAGAAGAAUCGGCUUCGAAUACCGACGGAAAGCCUGCUGACGGCCAGCAAGCUGAAGCUUCAAGCACUGAAAAGGGCAAAGAGAAGUCUGAAGGGGAUACGCUCGGAAUCGACUCUCUCUUCAACGAUAUCGAUACCUUAGCCGAGAUGAGACUUUAUGUCAAGUUUAUCGAUGAGCAGGUGAUGCCAGAAUACCUGCGGUUCCAGGACGAAGAUAUGAAUACUGCUCCUACAAAGAUCAGAUGGGACCUGCUCUGGUACCUCUUCAAACCGGGAGACCUGGUCUAUGUGCCUAAUCUGAACAGCGGAGUUCGAGCUCGAAUUCCAAUGGGCUGGGAUGGCGUCUUUCAGCGACUACAGGCAGGGUUUGGAGAUGGCCCGAUGGAGACAACAUCAUCGUCAUCCAACCACAAUACGAGAGGAUCACAUACCGACCAAAUGGUGUGGAGGAUAUAUCGAGCUCCAUUUAAGCAGUCGAUUAUUGAUGGCUGUACCUGCGAUACCUGCAUGAAAAUGGAGUCCACUUGGGCUAUAUCCUGCUACCACAUCGAUUAUGAUGGCCAAAACUACCGUGCAGUCGGACGCACAAUUGAGAUCCCUUCUUUCGAAGGUGAGCGCGAGAUCACUCAGUUGGCCUGCUAUCCUAUGAAAUACGUCCAGCAGAAGGACGAAAUAAUGGAGAGGGGUAGACAGUACGGAAGCAAGUUCAUUCAACAUAUUGAUCCGGCCAAAAGAUACAGCUUCUACCGUGGCUGGACUCUUAUCAAGACACCUCUUGGCCAAUCUAUUGAGGACAAGAACGAUAUUCUGGCAGUUGACCCGACCACUUACAAAGUUGUGAUUUCAGUCGAUAAUGAGAGCCCAUUGCAGGAAUGGCACGACAGCAAGCGCACAAACCUUAAAGACGCAUGGGAGGACAAGGUCAUUACCGAAGACGGUGUCGAUAUACUCCAGAUGAACAAAUUUAUCGAGACGGAUUUGUUGCUGAGAAAGAAGAAGGACAAUGAUAAUGAGAUUGGCGAGCUCGAAGGUGACAACCUUGCGCUUUUGCCCAGGCGACUCUUUGCAUAUGCCCUUUGGGAGCGCAAGUUCGUGCAAGUUGAUGUUCGCGAUGUGUCAUUUCCUGAGCUCAAAGACAAGGAUAGAGCUUUCGAUAGCCUUCAGAUCUCCACGGAGCACAAGACUCUCAUUCAAUCUCUGGUCUACUCUCAUUUCAAGAAGAGAGUGAACGAAAGCAGCGUCGAGAUUGCAACACAGGAUCUUAUCCGUGGCAAGGGCAAAGGCAUCGUGAUUCUGCUCUUUGGUGUUCCGGGAGUCGGUAAAACUGCUACUGCUGAAGCGGUUGCUCAGAAGUUUGAGAAGCCUCUGUUCCCCAUCACAUGCGGAGACUUGGGAUUUACUCCCGAGAGUGUGGAGAGCUCUUUGAGCGAGAUAUUUCGCUUGGCUCACCUGUGGGACUGUGUCCUUUUGCUGGAUGAGGCGGAUGUCUUUAUUACACAGAGAGACAGAAAAGACUUGGAAAGAAAUGCCCUCGUUUCCGUCUUUUUGCGCAUGCUCGAAUACUACAAUGGUAUUCUGUUCCUCACUACCAAUCGGCCCGGCGUGCUCGACGAAGCAGUCAAAUCACGAGUGCACCUCAAUCUUCACUACAAUUUCCUCACUGAGGAGCAAGUCGUUGCUAUAUUCAAGUUGAACAUUUUGCGACUCAAAGAGAUCGAAGAUCAAGCCGCCAAGGCACCGAGGCACAACAAAUUAUACAUCGAUGAGGCAGAUAUCAUUGCUUUCGCCAGUGAACACUGGAGAAACCACACCGAUGGCAUUGGACGAUGGAAUGGACGACAGAUUCGGAACGCAUUUCUCAUUGCUGCUUCGUUGGCUCAUUACGAGGGAGACAUGGGCGAGCGACCAGAAGGACUGCAAAAGCAACUCACUUCAAAGCACUUCAAGAAGGUUGAAGAAACUACUAGGCGCUACGAUGAGUAUCGCGUGGCAUGUCUUGGAGACACUGACAGUUAUCUUGCACAUGACCGAUAUGAGAGAGACGAUGACUGGAAUCCUCUUGCAAGAGCAGGGGCAGCUAAUGCCUAUAUGGCUCAUGGUCAGCCUCAGGUCCCAGGCUAUCUACCCAGAGCGGGAAGUUUCCCGUGGCAACGACCGGUACAGGCUCCAGUUAACAUGAACCCAAACUCAACGCAAAGGCAAGGAGCAGAAGGAUGGUCAAAUAACGGGGCCGCACGGCCGCCUGUCCCUGGAUAUCAGCCGCCUGCGCAACAACAAGCCCAUGGACACCCUCCACCGCACCAGUUCUCACAACACCCGGCGCACUUGGCAGGCAAUACGCCUAGCAGCUCUGGUAGCCCAAAUUAUACUACUCAAGCACCGUACGGUUCAUCCGUGGGAGGCCCCAGUGGACCACAAGGCUAUGACAUCGGAGGGAAUCCACAGAUGAAAGCCGGAGGAGAGCAAGGAGUGGGUGACGAAUGGAACGGGGGAGCUCCGCAACGUUGGCAGCAGAACCAGAAUGGAUUCAGCCACUAUUGA